AUGACCUCGCGCCCUUCUGAUUACGGCCUUAGUUUUCCCAUUUACGCAGAGAUACUGCAGACGGACUCUUUUGUGGAAUGUAUGAUGAAUAACCACUUUCAGGUGGUAGUUUUUGCUGCAGUAUUUGGAGUGAUAUCACUCGCAUACUGCGCCUUUUUGCUGCUGCAGACACGGGCUGAUGCCAGUCGCUCGGAGGAGGACGAGGAGGAGGCAAAGAUGAGAGGCCGCCUGAUUCGGGCUAUCCUCGCUGAGAAGCAGGAGGAAGAAGAGUCUGGGAUCUCCCCGGAAAAGAAUCGGGCAGCCGGAGAGCCUGAGGAUGCGACUGAAAUGCAAGUGCUUUUUGAAGGAUCUAACCCCCAGGAAAAGCACGUCUCCCCGACGUUCACAGAGGGAGAAAUUGAAGAAAUAGUGCGAGAAAGCAGGAGUCUAUACACGGUGGAAUUCCCCAUUUACACCUCCCUGGCCAGUAUUACGCCCGUACAGAGGCUCAUGAUCAACCAGGUAGGAUGCUUCUCCCUGACGAUGCUUUUCUUCCUCGUGGGGUACUACUUUCUCCCAGUUUUCCUGCACAUGGAGCAAGUCUACACUGAGAAAAGCCUCAACAGCUUCAUCGAUGACUCCCCCCUGGAGACUGCGUAUACGAACUUCACCCAGCUAAAAAUUGCAGUAGAGAGAAAGAUCCCAGAAGUGAAUGGAGUUCCUGCAACGAAGGAGGCACUGGAGAAGGCAGAAACGUGGUUUUCCGUCCUGAAGGAUAUUUGCGUCUCGAGCAAGUGCGUGCAGUAUUUGCAGGUCUUUGACAUAGACAGCCUGGAGGAGUGCAGCUACAGAGACCCUGCGAAAGCCGAGAAGUUCCUGGGGGUCUUCGAAGAGGCACUCAGAAUCACUGCUGACUCCGUGGAGAAGGCAAAAAAACAUCUGGGGGAGGACGAUGUGAAAACUCUCCUGAAAACACUUAAGUCCAACUUUAUUCCCGUGUACGGCAUUGCAGCGUCUGAUCAGACAGUCGAUGGAAUAACGCAUAUUCUAGCGCACAGUGUCGCUGCGCUUAUGGAGAGGGAUUUGUCGAAGGUUCGCCCCGAGCUUUCCAGCGAGUUCCAGUCUGUUCUAAUUGACAGUCUCUCGAUAGUCCUGGAGAAGGCAGAUGAGACCUUCUGCGGAAUGCUCGAUGCAGUCGUAAACGGGGAGAGUCCAGAGCGUGUUUUGGCGCUGAAGGAGAAGUGUGUGCGCACGCUCUCCCUCCUGCGGGGGCUGAAGGAGGGGGCUUUCCAUGGAUUUGCAUCUGGUCCUCAGAUUGCGCUGAUGGACUCCGUUGCUGCGAACCUGGAGAGUCAGAAAGUGGCUACAGAAGCCCUCGUGAAGUUUGUGGAUGGGUUCCUGGGGAUUUCCAUGCAGGAUUCUUCGUGGGAGAAGAGUUUGAAUGUGGAGUUUCUUAAGAGCGUGCACAAACAAAUCAUAAAAACAUCCGGGGAUCCCCCACUCUCAGCACACUUUUGGGAGACGAUUGAGGGGCUGGUGAAAGACCCGAAUUUUUCGUACCCGAAAGAGUUUCUGCGUGAGAUUUCUAUGACCAUAAAAGACAGCUGGCUCCAUGGGAAUACGAAUGGGAAGUAUUUGGAGUAUGUUGCGGCGUUCUGCAUAAACAGAGGGAAUCUCCGCCCCCCUUUCCAGGCGAGGGUGGAAGACGCGAGGAAGAAUCUGAAGAUGAUUAUUGAGCUUGGGAGGGAUAUAAGCACUCCGAGCCUUGUCAAGCAGCUCACAGAUGCAUUCGAUACAAUGGCCAAGCACAAAAACACGGGGAAAGACGCAGAAAAAACUGUGCUUUUUUUGAAAGAAUUAGUACACUUUUUGUUCCUGUACACUCCGGAGCAGGAGGAGAGAAACAGGGCGGAACUUUCCAGGAUGCUGUGGCAGCUCGUGAAGAGUCGGGUAGACGCAUUUGCCAGCACGGACUCCACCUCCUGA